CAUAUAAAAUUGACACCAAAAAUGUCAAAUAUGUUAAUUUUUUUUUUUAAUUGAAGUUAACAAUACUUAGAACAAAUAUUAUAUUUGUGUCAAGAUUUUAAACUUUAGAGAAAUCAUCAAGGUAUUUGUUCCGUAAUAAAUAAGUUAGGAGUUAAUAAAUUACAAACAAUGGAUCCUGAAGACCUCUCAUUAGAAAUAAUACGUCAAGAAAUUAUAAAAAACCAUCUCCAAGUAACGGCGAUUAUUCAGGAUAUCAAACAAUGUACAGGUCCACUAGAACUUUUGAAUGAAUUGAAUGCUGAAGGAAGAUGUAGAAUAGCUGAAUUAAGAAAAAGUAUUGACAAUCUAGCACAUCUAGCUGAGAUUGAAAUUAAUUCUAAAAAGAAGGCUGAAUUAUUAGAAGAAGUUGAAAAUAAAAAAGGCCAGUUAUCAUUCGCAUUAGCAGCUUUUAAAAAAGCAAACAUUGUCGGUGCCUGUGUUAUUGAUAAAAUGGCAAAGGACGAAUUAUUAUCUACUUCUGAAGAAAAGCAAAAAUUAAUAAAAAGAAGACGUGAUAGAAAAGGUUUAGCUGAUACUGCAAGCCUUGCAACUGAUAGAUUAUUAAGCAUUUCUAGAACGCUGGCCGAAACAAAUCAAAGAAGUGCUGUUACUCUUGAUACUUUAAUAACAUCAUCGGAAAAAGUAAAUGGAACCAAAGAAGAACUAGAUCAUCAACAACAAGCAAUAGUUCAAUCGGGGAAACUUUUAGGAAAAUAUGGAAGAAGAGAAGUGACGGAUAAAGUGCUAUUAGCCUUGGCUUUUAUGUUUUUUCUAGCUUGUGUUUUUUACAUCUUGCAGAAGAGACUUUGGUAAAGAUCUAGAAGAAGUUAAAUACAAUGAAGCUGAUCCUGAUUGUUAUGUUAUUGGUGGUAUCGGUGUCAUCGGCACCAUGGCUUAGUGAAAUAUUUUUUGGAUACAAUCAAAAACAAAGCAAUAUUGGACAUGAAACAAGACGACACCGUGAGAGUAAAAGUGGUGGAAAAGAGCGCUGGAAAGAAAUAUGCAGAACGAUAAAUCCACAUGGCUAUUCGAUUCCCGGGCAAGUGCCUUAUGCUCCUUGUCCCUGGUGAAAAAUCAUCGGGUUUAUUUUUGAACAAUAUUGUGAUACUAAUUAAAAUCUUAAAAUAUUAUUUUUUAUUAUACAAACAAACCCGUGAAUAAAUUCACGAUUAUAAAUGACUCGGAUUACAGAAUCUACGAGAUGAAUGUUGAUGUAUAUAAAGCAUUUUGAUGUACAUUUGCGAUGUUUUUUUGUAUACUUAUAUUAUGUAUAUAUAGGUUCUCAUCGUGAUAAUCAUCGCAUUAAUAAAUAAACACGAUCUUUUAUUUUAUAAUUUUA